CAUGACGAGCACACGGAAAAGUGCCUCGCGCAGGCCACCAGGCUAGGCUAGCUAGGUAGUCAAGUACGACACUGCGCAAGCGGUGCGCUAACAUGUUUUAAUUGUGGAUGGCUACAUUAACGCGCAUUUAAAGUUAAAAAAGAUCUGCAAUAAUAGGUGAGGAAGUUGGAGCAAUCAAGCUAAAGCGUGUCGGUAACGCGGAGCGACGAGGUUUGUGCGGCGGUCGUCAUGUCCUCGUUCUCCGAAGCUGCUCUCGAGAAGAAACUGUCCGAGCUCAGCAACUCUCAGCAGAGCGUUCAGACGCUGUCGCUGUGGCUCAUCCACCACAGGAAACACUCCAAGACCAUCGUGCACGUUUGGUACGACGAGCUCGUUAAAGCUCCGGUGUCACGCAAACUGACCUUCCUGUACUUGGCCAAUGACGUCAUUCAGAACAGCAAGAGGAAAGGACCUGAGUUCACCCAGGAUUUUGCGCCUAUCAUUGUCGAUGCGUUCAAACAUGUUUACAGAGAGUGCGAGGAUGGUUGUAAGAAGCAACUGGGCCGAGUGUUGUCCAUCUGGCAGGAGAGAACCGUCUACGAAAAUGAGCUACUGGACCAGCUCUCCAGAGUCAUCUAUGGCGAGAGGAAGCCCAUCAAGAGGUCCUACGAGUCCAUCCAAGCACUGAACGACAACUUUCCCAGCCAGACUUCUCCAGCCGAGCCCCCGAAGACUACGGAGCUGAUCCGAGCGCUGCAGGAGCUGGAGAACGCAACCUCGGGAGACUCGCUGCUGCGUCAGCGGAUUUCCUCGCUGCCCGCUGAGGUGCAGGACACGUCGCUGCUGCACAGGAUCACAGAUAAGGAGUCGGGCGCACGUUUCUCGCGGCAGGUAGACGACGCCUGCAUGCUGCUGGCCGACUACAGUGGCCGGCUGGCGGCCGAAAUUGACGACCGGCGGCAGCUGACGCGCACGCUGACCAGCUUCCUGCAGAGCCAGCGUGACGGUCUGGUUCACAACGAGCACAAACUCGAAGAAUACAAACGCAAACUGGCCCGAGUGAGCCAGGUCCGGAAAGAGCUGCGAUCCCGCUUGAACAAUCUCCCGGGUGGCCUCCGCGACGCUUCCACCUGACAUUCAAAUUUUGAAUCUGUCACUUCUUCGGUUUUAGCAUUGUUUGUCGUAUUUUAUUUUCAUGCAAAUAAUGUCAGUGUGUUUUUAAUUUCUCCCACGUGCUCAUCUUGCACCCCCCCCCCUAUCAUUAUAUCCUGCCCUUCUCGAAAACCAUGCUACUGUAUUACAUGUUCAUUCAAGCUGUAAUUGCAAAAGUGUGAGUGUGGAGUCAGUGUACAUAAUACUACACGGCUCCAUGUAAAUAUCUUAUAUUUGAAUUUAUGUGAAUGUGAAUUUUUUCAUUCAGGUUGUGGCUUUUUGUACAUAUCUGCUGGUGUCAAAAUUAAAAAAAAAAAAAAAGGCUAUGGCAGUA